CCAGCGAGGCAGCGAGAGGCUGAACAUUUAAAAACACGGGGUGGGAGGAGUGCGCGCCACCAUUCAGUUGAGGUAGUGGAUUUUUUCAGCAGCAUACCAUUAUUCAGGGUACACAAUGACCAGUGAAGAGAGCAGCACAGGCAAGGUGAUCCCAGUAAGGGUGGCUGUACGGCUGCGGCCCCUCAGCGUCAGAGAGAUACGAGAAGGAUGCCAGGAAAGCAUUGAUAUCACACAUGAUUCCCCACAGGUUGUGGUCAGAGGAACUGACAAAGCCUUCACAUAUGACUACGCCUAUGCCACAGACUGCACACAAGGCUACGUUUAUGAAACUUCUGUGAAGAAUGUUGUAAAAAAUUUGUUUAAAGGUUACAAUGUAACUGUAUUGGCAUAUGGGCAGACAGGAUCUGGAAAAACCCACACCAUGGGCACAGCUUAUGUCCCGGGGAUAGAGAACUCAGAGGGUGCUGGCAUCAUUCCUCGUGCUGUGCAGGACAUAUUUGAGGGUGUUGCUAGUCAAGCUGACAAUGAAUAUUUAGUUAAAAUCUCCUUUAUUGAGUUAUAUAAGGAAACUCUCUUUGAUCUUCUUGCUGGUAAAAAUAAUAGGGAAGAAUGUGUUGUUGAUAUCAGAGAAGAUCCAAGAGGAGGGAUAAAAAUUGUUGGUGUCACUGAGAUACCUGUUACUAGCAUGCAAGAGACCAUGAGGUGUCUGGAACAGGGUGCAUUACAUCGGGCUACAGGGGCCACUGCCAUGAACGCACACUCAAGCAGAUCGCAUGCUAUUUUUUCAAUGCAUGUUGAGCAAAGAAAUACAAAGAAAGGGGGAAGUGUUGUGUCUGCUAAAUUUCACAUGGUGGAUCUGGCUGGUAGUGAGCGUGCCAAGAAGACUGGUGCCACUGGGGAGCGCUUCAGAGAGGGAGUCAACAUAAACCGUGGUCUCCUGGCUCUUGGCAAUGUGAUUUCAGCUCUCUGUGAGGAAGGAGGCAGAGGCCACAUUCCCUACAGAGAUUCUAAACUGACUAGAUUAUUGCAAGACUCCCUAGGUGGCAACUCCCACACUGUAAUGGUGGCAUGUGUGUCCCCUGCUGAUAGUAACUUAGAGGAAUCCCUCAGCACUCUUCGUUAUGCUGACCGUGCCCGCAAGAUUAAGAACAAGCCCAUCAUCAACAGGGAUCCUCAGGCUGCCGAACUGGCUAAGCUCAGACAACAGGUGAUGCAGCUGCAGGUUCAGUUGUUGGCUUCCAACAAUGGCACUGGAGGAACAGUUGUGAGCUCCUCUGAGGAGGUGGAUGCUCUCCUAAGUCGGAACAAAGCAAUGCAGGAAGAGAUAAAUCAGCUGACUCAUGCACUGCAGACAGCUCUAGAUGAAAACACCAACAUGGCAGAGAAAGCAAUCAUGGCGGAAAUGUCAAGAGAGCGUAUGAAGGUGAAGAUGGAGGAGCUGCUUGCACAAACUGGAAUGACAUACGAGACCUUAAACAAGACUUUAGACGUGUCUUCCAACCCACAGUUUGAGGAUCACAUCAACCUUGUCAAAGAACUGCAGGCUAAGAUCAUUGAAUUGCAGACUGAACAACACCGAGGAGCCAAGGCAAUAAUGGAUCAUGAACUCUCUCGCCACAACAUUUCCACCAACACCUCAAUGAUGCCCCAGCCAGACGCACCCUCUGAUGCUCCUUGUAAUGAGGUGCAGCAGGAGGGGAGCAACAUGGAAGAAAUGGCAAAGGAAUUUGGAACAGAAUUUACACUGAGACAAGCCAGGCUAAAUGAGGAGCUUCAGGGUUUGAAUAGAGCAUUGGCAAUGAAAGAGGAAUUGAUGAACAAGAUGGCUGUCAAUGAUACGCAGUUUGUGGCUAUGAGAGAUCAACAUGAUAAAGAAAAGAAGCAGCUUGAGAUUCAUAUUGACCUUCUCAGUAAGGAAAGAGAUGAACUCAUGCAGCAGCUGAAGGCAGCUGCUCAUGGUUCAGCUUCUAGCAAGGUGUCAGAACAGCGACGAAAGAAAGUUCAAGAGCUGGAGAUGCAGAUUGCAAAUCUUAAACAGAAACAGAAGGAACAGGUUAAGCUUAUACGCAUGAAGGAACAAUCGGAGCAAAAGGUCAACAAACUGAGCUCAGAGAUCCAGUCUAUGAAAGCAACCAGAGUGAAACUCAUCCGCCAAAUGAAAGAGGACAGUGAAAAGUUUAGACAGUGGAAGGCUCAGAAAGACAGAGAGGUUGCAAGGCUAAAGGAGGCUGAUCGUCAGAAACAAUACCAAAUUGUGAAGAUGGAGCGACUUCACUCCAAAAAGCAAAAUGUCCUCCGCAGGAAAAUGGAAGAAGCCAUUGCUAUCAACAAAAGGCUCAAGGAUGCCAUGGCUCUGCAAAAAGCAGGAUCUGAAAAGAGGGCAGCUUCUAAAGACCUUGGAGGCACUGAGAAUCGCAUCAAGUCAUGGUUAGAUGGGGAACUGGAGGUGGUGUCUGUCAAGAAGCAAGCCAAGCAGUCAUUGGAGAUUCUGAUUGAGGAUCGCAAGUCCAUUUCUCAGGAAAUAAACAAAACCAAGAAGGAAAUGAGCAGAAGCGACCCCUCUUCACCAAAGAUGAGUGAGCUGAAAAAUAAACUGGCUGACUUGGAGAGCUGUCUUCAGCUGCGAACAGCUCAGAUCAGUGAUCUUCAGGCCAAGUUUGUGGAUGAUGAUGAAGAUGGCUCAAACAAAAAGAGGUUUGAGUCUAUGCAAAGCAUGCUGGAAGCUAAAUGUGCCAUGAACUACUUGUUCCGUGUGGCAACAGACCAUCAGAUGAGUAAGGUAACACAGGAGGCAGACAUGAAGGAUCUGCAGAGCCAAUAUGAUGAACUGGCCCAGUCAUUGGAUGCAAGUGAAGCACACUUGAAGGAGCUGAAGGAGAAUCAUCGAGAAGAGCUGACAAGGAUGGAGAGAGAACAUGAAGAGAAAGUGCUUUUCCUUCUUGGACAGAUGUCAAAGACAGAGCCACAGGACUCUGUGACCACUGAACAUCAAGAUGAGACUCUAAAGGCAAAACUUAAAUUCCAAGAAGAAGAAAUUGCACGUUUAUCACAUCUUCACGAGUUACUUCAGGAGAAGACCAAGGAGUGUGAAGAACUAAGGAAACAGAUGAUACAUUCCCCAAGCACUCAUCUGAUGCCACCAUUAAUUGGCAAUUCGGAGCAAGGUCGACGACGUACAUUCAUAAAGACCAAACCUAACAGUGUGAAGACAAAGGAAACCUUGCCGUACCUCUCAGAAUCUGAUUCAGAAACAGAUGAUGAUGAUAAUGAAUCGAGCCAAAAGCAAGAUCCUGAUUGGAGAAAAACACCUCUCUUCAGAAAAAUUAAAUCUAUCACGCAAGGUUCAAAUAGUUUUGAAGGGGAAAUAAAAAAAAUUGGGCCAAAGAGAAAUUCAGAUGGAGAAGUGAAGUGCAAGUGUAGAGGAGACUGCUCCACAAAGAAGUGUUCCUGUAGCAGAAAUGAAAAUAGUUGCAAUGUUAAGUGCAACUGUGAAAUUCUAAAGUGCAAGAACAGAACACCAGUUGAAUCUAGUUCUUCAGAGAGCAAUAAUGAGACGCCACUAAACUCCACCUUUGAUAUCACAGCAAUGCCACUGAAAGAGAAUGUGGCAAAAAGGCCAAGGAUAGAGAAAAUGUCUUUAUUUGAUAACUCUGAAGACUCAACAAGCGAAAAUAUUAACAGUUUUGAAAAAGGAAGAACUGUCCUUGGUUCGCCAGACAUGUUUUAAGCUAAGGUCAAUUUGAUAUUUGUAUGACAAAUAUGUAACAAAUAAGUAACAUGGUUUCUUGUGUAGUCAAGCAUGAUUUUGUUGAUCUCUAUGAGUGAUUGUUUCUUGUACCAUCUGUCUUCUGGAAUCCAGAUUUAAGUUUAGUAAUUUAUUUCCCUUCAAAAAUGCUGUUUUUAGUAAUAUUGAUAGCUUUUAUGGAAAUAAAUUUCCACUCCUAACACUUUUGCAAAACAUCUUCAUAAUGCUUUGGAAACUUUUUUUUUUUUUUUUUUUUUUUUUUUAGGAAUUCUAAGGACAUGGGUAUAGAAGCAAAAGAUAUGUGAUUUCUAGUUAUUCUGAGGUUAUGAAAAUAUAAUACACCAUAUUUUUCCUUUACAUUCUUCUCCAUUUUAUUUUCUCGCUUUUUUUUUUUUUUUUUUUUUUUUUUUUUUUUUUCUUCAUCCAGAGUAAUGUAAUUAACUGUGGAAAUUAAUUUCCUCUUUGGGAUAUAACAGUGUUCAGUGUUCAAUUUCUUUACUUGACUUUCUCAUGUUUGUGCUUCAGUUGAAAUGUUCCUUUUUUCCAUUAGGUUAAAAAUAAUCUCUUCAAUAGUUGUAUAUAAAAGUGACACUAGCAUACAGCUGGCCUCUUCAUAGACACUGGGUAAAUUUUAAGGUGGAGAGAAAAAAGAUGGAAGUAAUGUUGUAUGUACAAUAUCUUUGGAGUUUUAGAUAUUUUCCACAUAAGUUACUUCACAUAAGUUACUUUGAUAUCUGUAUCAGUAAUUUCUUUUAGCCUUGUUGACACUAUAAGAAAAGUACUGGUAUAUAAACAUCCUGUUUGAGAUAGUUCCUCAACUCUGAUAUUUUUUUUAAAUAUAGUUUUUGACAUCUUUUAAACACAGUUUUUGAUUAACAAAGUUAAUAUUCUUUAUAUACAGAACUUAAAUGAACAAACACGGAUGUAAGUUACUCUAAUAAUUUAAUGCAAUAAACAUUAAUAAUAAAAUAUUUUUUAUAAUGA